UCGGAAUUAAAUCUAGUUUUAAUAUUCCAAGUAAUUAGCAGCAGGGAAAUAAUUAAAUCGAAUAAUUGUAUAAAAGCCAAACAAAAAUCCAAAAACAGUACAGUUUAACAAAAUUUUAUUAAUCUGCUAAAACAAAAAUGUUCAAAUUAUUCCUUAUCACCACAUUGAUAGCCUUCGCUGCUGCUGUUAGCGACGAUGAUGUCCAUGCUGAAGCCACUCUCUUGAAAUCCGAUGUCAGACCUGAUGGUUUCGAUUCUGCUUUGGAGACCACCAAUCACAUCCAUCAAGUUGCCUCCGGUGAUGAACAUGGCAACAUUCAUGGUGACUUUGAAUGGGUUUCUCCUGAAGGCGAACACAUUAAGGUUUCCUAUGUUGCCGAUGAGAAUGGCUAUCAACCCAGCAGCGAUUUGUUGCCCACUCCACCACCAGUACCAGAGGCCAUCUUGAAGGCUAUUGAGUACAUCAAGGCUCAUCCCCCUCACGAUGAACCCCAUCAUUAAGUGGAUGAUUCAUUUUUGGAAAAUUUUUAAUUUUUUUUUUUAACUAACAAUAAAUUACAAUUGAAACUGAAGCAAAUAA